GGUGAACCUGGUGAGAAGGGAGGAAUUGGCUCCAUUGGACCCCGGGGUCCCCCUGGCCUGAAAGGGGAACAGGGCGACACCGUAGUGAUCGACUACGACGGCCGAAUCCUGGAUGCGCUCAAGGGUUCACCAGGUCCCCCAGGGCCACCGGGCCCCCAAGGCGCUCCAGGUCCCAAGGGAGAGCUGGGCUUGCCGGGUCCACCUGGACUGGACGGUGAAAAGGGUCCCAAAGGAGCGAAGGGUGACCAGGGCAGCGCAGGGAUCACGGGACAGAAAGGAGAGACAGGAGAAAUGGGCUUAUCAGGUCCACCGGGAGCAGAAGGGCCAAAAGGAGACAAAGGAGAAAAAGGAGACACUGGGUCACCGUGUUUGCAGAAUAAUCAUAUCAUACCCGAGCCCGGACCCCCCGGAUUACCUGGCCCUAUGGGUCCUCCAGGAAUCCAGGGACCUAAAGGCUUGGACGGUGCAAAGGGAGAAAAAGGCGACAGCGGUGAGAAGGGGGACCACGGCGACGCUGGACCCGCUGGUCUCCCCGGUGCUCCAGGGCUCAUCGGUUUACCCGGUACCAAAGGAGAGAAGGGAAAGCCAGGGGAGCCAGGAUUGGAUGGUUUCCCAGGUCUGAGAGGAGAGAAAGGAGAGAGAAGUGAAAGAGGGGAGAAGGGUGAGCGAGGAAUUCCGGGGAGAAAAGGAGCCAAAGGGCAGAAGGGGGAACCAGGCCCUCCCGGACUGGAUCAGCCUUGUCCCGUGGGACCAGACGGACUGCCAGUAGCAGGAUGUUGGCAUAAGUGAUCUCUAAGCAUGAAGCACAAUAUGUAAAUAAUGUGACAUAUUUUGAUCUUUUUAAUUUUUGUAUAAAAAAAGGAAAAAAAAAAACUUUCAACAGUAAUAUAUUGACCUUUUUUUAUACUGGAUUCUGUCAUUUAUGGACUUUGAAAAUAUUGUAAAGCUCCCAAACCUGUAAGAUACGCAUGAUAACAUCAGGAUUUGAUAAAGGUACCAAUGACAGUAGCUGGGAAUGAACAGUAUUCACUGCUAAUGCUGCUGCGUGAACUAACAGUACUGAGACAGCGCGUUGCCUAGUAUGCUUAUCGCAUGAAGGAGGGAGAAAUCCCUGUCCUAAUUUGGCUCUGUAUUUGCAUUGCACAUACACAUUUAAAAGGGUGAAAAAAACUGGCUGAAAACAAA